AUGCGAAGCACUUCGCUAGAGUCGAUUGAAACGACCAAAAUUGGCAGUCACAGCAACACAAAGAAAGAAUUUGGUAGAGGAAUUAAACGCAGGGUAACAUCAGCCACAGCUGAAGUACACAAAAAACAAAGGCCUACAAGAAACAAAAAUGGAGGUUGCCCUGUCUGUCCUGGCGAGCUUCAUAAAAUCUAUCGGUGCUCAAAAUUCUUGGCCGCAAAACCAAAGGCACGGUAUGAAAUUGUAAGACAGCACGGUUUAUGUAUCAACUGCUUGAGUACGGAUCACCAAUCAAAGGAUUGCAGGUCAGGCAAUUGUCAACGGUGUCAAGGCAAACACAACACGAGGCUACACUUUGACUCACCAUCUUCAUCAACGGAAGCAGCUACCAAAAAUGAAACAUUAUGA